ACUCAACCUGUAACAGUAACAGUAACAGUAACAGCAAGAGGAACGGGAAGAGGGAGACAAAGGGUUUGGAAUUUCCAUGGCUGCGACGAAAAAAUUGUUAGAAACAUUAGGGGGUUUGGAGAGGGAUUCGUUCGUGUCCCUUCUCUCGAAGCUGAUUGGGGAAUCAAAACACGUGCAGAACAACCCGCCGGAGCUUAUUCCGGAAGAGGACAGGGUGGUGAGGCACGUGUUGGACGCACUCCUUCCCUUCAGCACCACCACCGGCGGCGGUCCCUUGCUUCUCAACCAUGUCACCUAUAUCUCCGGCAGAGGCAACCUCAUCGUUGAGUACCCUGGAACCGUACCCGGCAAAAUCCUUUCUUUUGUUGGGUGCCACAUGGAUGUCGUCACUGCCAACCCCAACGAUUGGGAUUUUGAUCCGUUUACUUUGAGCAUUGAUGGUGAUAAACUUAGGGGUCGUGGAACCACUGAUUGUUUGGGACAUGUCGCCCUUGUCACACAACUCAUGAGGAAGCUUGGGGAAACCAAGCCAAAUUUGAAAUCAACUGUUAUUGCUGUUUUUAUAGCCAAUGAAGAGAAUUCUGCAAUAACUGGAGUUGGUGUAGAUGCACUUGUCAAACAUGGCCUUCUCAACAAGCUAAAGGAAGGUCCCCUGUUUUGGAUCGACACGGCUGAUAAACAACCUUGUGUAGGCACUGGUGGUAUGAUACCUUGGAAACUUCAUGUCACAGGGAAGCUCUUUCACAGUGGAUUAGCUCAUAAAGCUAUAAAUCCGCUGGAGCUAGCCAUGGACGCUCUAAAGGAAAUACAGUCGCGAUUUUACAGAGACUUCCCACCUCAUCCUCAGGAGGAGGUUUAUGGGUUUGCGACCCCUUCGACCAUGAAACCAACCCAAUGGAGUUAUCCUGGGGGUGGAAUCAACCAAAUUCCAGGGGAAUGUACUAUUUCAGGGGAUGUCAGGUUAACUCCAUUCUACAAUGUGAAGGAUGUAGUGAAGAAGCUACAAGAAUAUGUGGACGAUAUUAAUGACAAUAUACAGAAGCUAGAAUCACGGGGUCCAGUUUCAAAAUUUGUACUACCUGAUGAAAACUUAAGGGGAAGCCUUACUAUAACUUUUGAUGAGGCAAUGUCUGGAGUUGCUUGUGAUCUUAAUUCUAGAGGUUUCCAUGUUUUAUGCAAAGCAACUGAGGAAGUAGUUGGGCAUGUAAAGCCUUACUCAAUUACUGGGAGUUUGCCUCUCAUUCGGGAACUACAGGAUGAAGGUUUUGAUGUUCAAACUUCUGGCUAUGGUUUAAUGGCAACUUACCAUGCCAAGAAUGAGUACUGCCUUUUCACAGAUAUGUCCCAAGGAUAUCGGGUGUUCGCGAGCAUCAUCUCUCAAUUGGAAGAUUGAGAAUAGCAGGGGAACUAAUAAUACUUAUACUACCGUCUCUUGGGUUAUGAAGAAAUUCUUGCUGAGAUCAAUAUAAUUUAGCUGUUAAAUUGCAUGAAGGAUUAGUUCGGUGUCAGUGACUUUUCUUUUUACAAUAUGAUGGGCGAAGCUAGUUUGUUUAUCGGGUUUUAUACUUAUGUUGCUGUACCAAGCAAUAACUUUACAGCCGCGACAAUAAAAAAGAGAGAGAAAGUGAAAUGAGAAAAAAUAAAAAGAAAAUUUGUGG